GUUAAUCAGUGGCGCGUUGAGAUGUGAUGACGGGAGAGAUGGAGGGCUCAAAGGGCGAAUUGCACGGAUAAUUGCAUCCGUGCCGCUUGAAGAGGAUCAACAUCAAAAAGACGCACAGAGGAAAGCGAAGAAAGACGCUCAACGCGCUGAAUUGCUGCUCGCCGUCUACCAGUCAUCAUCCUCAAAUCUUCGACAUAUGUUGGUAGGAUGGAGGAUCCUUCAACUCUGGUUUGCGGCAUUUCGUUUCUUCUGCGACUUCCAUGCUUCCUCCAUUUCGCAGCCGGCAGUUCUCGUUCUUUCAGCGAGAGGAUUCGCGCGAUUCCUGGUCCCAUGUUGUCUUCAUCAAUUAUUGGAUGAACUUCCUUAUUAGGUUAUGAUAGUCCACUGAAUCAAGGAAUUUAUUGGUCUACAGAGGUUGUUUUUCUUAUUUCUUCUGUUUUGAGCAGUUAAGUAGCAGCAACAUGAUGGGAAACAACUAUCGCAGUGGAUCAAUGCAAAAGUCAAGUGAAGGAAUCAGGCUAACUGUAACUACUAUCCUGGGAGUCAUCUUUGGAUUCUUUGUUGGUUGUUCAUUUCCGAACUUUUCUAGCAUCAGGCUUAGCCUGGUCCCCAGUUUUUCAUCUACAGUUGAAAUGGACUUCACUGGGGAUACAAGAUCGUAUGAUACAAUUAUUAAUCCUCAUAUGACUAGAAAGUCAUCUACUGAGAAACAUCGAUCAGGUGAUCCUUUGAAGAUAUAUGUGGAAUCAAACCCUCAUGGUGCAGAGUUCUUACCACCUGGCAUUGUUGUGGCUGAGACGGACUUUUAUCUGCGCAGGUUGUGGGGCAAUCCUGAGGAGGAUUUAACAACACGGCCAAAAUAUCUUGUGACAUUUACAGUUGGAUUUGAGCAACGGAAAAUUGUUGACAUGGCAGUUAAAAAGUUUUCUGAAGAUUUCACCAUCUUGCUCUUCCAUUAUGAUGGUCGGGCUAGUGAAUGGGAAGAACUAGAGUGGUCCAAGCGUGCGAUUCAUGUCAGCAUAAGGAAGCAAACAAAAUGGUGGUAUGCAAAACGUUUUCUGCAUCCAGAUGUUGUAGCAGCUUAUGAUUACAUAUUUAUCUGGGAUGAUGAUAUUGGAGUUGAACAUUUUGAUGCAGAGAAAUAUCUGCACUUAGUGAAAAAAUAUGGCUUGGAGAUUUCACAACCAGGUGUAGAUCCUAAUAAAGGAUUGACAUGGGAGAUGACUAAAAGGAGAGGUGACAGUGAAGUUCACAAAGAAACGGUAGAGAAACCUGGUUGGUGUACUGACCCACAUUUGCCACCAUGUGCUGCCUUUGUGGAAAUCGAAGCUCCUGUCUUUUCAAGGAAUGCAUGGCGUUGUGUUUGGCAUAUGAUUCAGAAUGAUUUGGUCCAUGGAUGGGGACUGGACUUUGCAUUUGGAAGAUGUGUUGAGCCUGCUCAUGAAAAGAUUGGUGUAGUUGAUGCACAAUGGAUUGUCAAUCGAGUUAUUCCUUCUAUUGGUGACCAGGUAAGAGAGAGGUGCAUGCUCGAGUGGUCGCAGUUUCAAGCUCGCCUUGCACAAGCUGACAUAGCACACAUCGAUGGAACCACGAGAGGGUAGAUCCUGGAGUGCAACUUCUGUUUUCUCACUCUCAUUCCCCACCAUUCUACUCGUGACUUUCCAGAAUGCGUGCCAUAGGUUGAUGCUUCCGAUGAGUUGUCCCGACCUUCAAGUCUGAACCUGCAAUGAAAAUUUUAUGUUUCUAUAUUGUUGAUACUAUCAUACUGAAGAUCCCUAAUUUAUUUAACAGUGGUGACAGUCAACGUUAUGCCUAUGAUAGACUGGUUUUACCGAA